AUGGAGGUUGCUGGAAGUGAAUUGCUGGCAUUGAAUAAUCUUCUCACGGGGCUAUCAAAUGCUCAGGACGUCAAAGAGACUUACGAGAUCACACCUUCCACGCUUAAUGGAGCAUCUGCUAAGCUUCCUGAAGUAACUCGACCUAUUGGUCAAAUCUAUCAGAAAGAUCCUAAAUCGAUUUGGUCGAUGGAUGAAGUUCCAAGUGACGAUGAAGACGACGAUUUUGAUACUCGCGCUCGUCCUAAGUUUGAGAUUCUGUACAAGCAGAACAUCAUGACGGAAGAUAUUUUCCUUGGAUUGAGCGAUAAAGAUCCAUCCUCAGCUCAUUGUGAAGCAAUGGUCAUUCGACUUGAGUGUCCUGAUCACCAACUUGAAGACAUUGAAUUAGAUGUAAAGCGACAAAAGUUGAUUGUAUUGUCAUCAACGUUGAAACUUGCAUUACAUUUGCCUUAUCCAGUGCACCAUCAUGAAGGUCACGCAAAAUGGGAUCAUCAAACUCAAUCUCUUAUUGUUACUUUACCUAUAAUUCGAGACGAGUGGUAG